AUGGAGGUGACGGCGGCGGCGAUUGCAAGUGGAGAGGCGGUGGCGAUGAUGGCGGAUAUGAAGAAGAAGAAGAAGCUGAAAAGAGUGAUGGUGGCGUUGGAUGAGAGUGAUGUCAGCCUUUACGCACUCAAGUGGGCACUCGAUGUCUUUCUUCCGUCCAUGGCGGAGGAGGCCAAGUUGACCAUCGUCCAUGUCCAGCCGCCUUUUGAGUCUUAUAUUUACACUGUCGGACCAGUUAUAUAUGCAAAACCCCCAGAGAUAGAAUUGAUGAGAAAAGCUCAACAAGAAGGAGCUGAAAAACUCUUUGCUCAAGCUCUGCCACUCUGUUCAGCUAACAAGGUGAAUGCUGAUACUUUGGUUCUGGAAGGGGAUGCAAAGGACAUGAUAUGUGAAGCUACUGAGAAAAUGGAAGUUGAUCUUCUCGUCAUGGGAAGCCGUGGCCUUGGCAUGAUUAAAAGGACAUUGCUGGGAAGUAUAAGUGAUUAUUGUGUUCACCAUGCAAAAUGCCCGGUCCUUAUCGUUAGAACGCCGAAGGAGAUGACGACAACACACAAGUAAAAAUUAACGUGUGUAACAAUACAAUAUGGUUUCUUAGUUUUGUGAAAUAGUUUAUGUUUUAGUAAACACGUAAUGCAAUGUGUUCAAAUAAUGUUUGUUUUCAUUUUCAAUGUAAAAGUAGUGAAAUAUUUUACAAUGCAAUGC